CCCGAAUCAAUCCCCUCUUUCGUUCUUCUUCUUCAAAGAUCAUCUUCCUCUCUCGAUUGCUUUGCUUGGCUCUUAAUCAAAAAUCAAAUCUUUUUCAUCUUCUUCUGCUGAGUUUUCAAUUGCGAUUUCUGGGUUUGUCUCAAUUUCGAGCCUUUCCCCCCUUUUAAUUGGUUGCAAAAUCAAAAUGGAGUGGGACAGCGAUUCCGAUCUUAGCGGCGGAGAUGAGGUGGCUGAUGAUGGAUGGUUCGGCGGAGACAGCGGACCGGUUCCGUUUCCGGAGAUUAGUCUUCCUGGAACGACGCCGUGUGGGUUCGUGGUCAGCGACGCUCUAGAGCCGGACCAACCUAUCAUCUACGUCAACACCGUCUUCGAGAUUGUUACUGGGUAUAGGGCUGAGGAAGUUAUUGGUAGAAACUGCCGGUUCUUGCAGUGUAGAGGUCCAUAUGCUAAAAGAAGGCAUCCCUCUGUAGAUUCCACAGUUGUGUCAAAAAUGCGACAGUGUCUAGAAAAAGGCAUCGAGUUUCAGGGAGAGUUACUCAACUUCAGGAAAAACGGGUCUCCUUUGAUGAACAAGCUGCGUCUAGUCCCCAUCCGUGAAGAAGACGAGAUCACUCAUUUCAUAGGCGUUCUCUCCUUCACAGACGCAGAAAUUGAUCUCGGCCCCUUUCCAGACUUGUCUACAAAACCAAUUCCAAGAAGAUCUCGCUCAUUUGCCUCUGCUUCACCAAUCGGAGAUCGCAACGUCUCUCGUGGACUAGGUGGUAUAUUUGAUCUGAGCGAUGAGGUAAUAGCUCUCAAGAUAUUGUCAAAGCUGACUCCCCCUGACAUUGCAUCGGUCGGUUGCGUGUGUCGGCGGCUAAAUGAGUUGACAAAGAACGAUGACGUGUGGAGAAUGGUUUGUCAAAACACGUGGGGCACCGAAGCCACACGUGUUCUCGAGAGUGUUCCCGGUGCAAAGAGGAUCGGUUGGGGGAGACUGGCUCGAGAGUUCACAACGCAUGAAGUAACUGCGUGGAGGAAGUUUUCGUUUGGAGGUACCGUCGAGCCUUCCCGGUGUAACUUCAGCGCUUGUGCGGUUGGGAAUAGGAUUGUUAUCUUCGGCGGGGAAGGUGUGAACAUGCAACCGAUGAAUGAUACGUUUGUGUUGGAUCUUGGGUCAACUACUCCUGAGUGGAAAUCUGUUUUGGUUAGCUCUCCUCCUCCUGGUCGCUGGGGUCAUACGCUCUCUUGUGUCAACGGCUCUCGUCUAGUAGUCUUUGGAGGUUACGGGAGCCAUGGAUUACUCAACGAUGUCUUCAUGUUAGACCUUGAUGCAGACCCUCCUACAUGGAGAGAAGUAUCCGGUUUAGCCCCUCCAAUACCAAGAUCAUGGCAUAGCUCGUGCACACUUGAUGGAACCAAGCUGAUUGUAUCUGGUGGUUGUGCUGAUUCAGGAGCUUUGCUGAACGAUACGUUCUUGCUUGAUUUGUCAAUGGAUACACCAACUUGGAGGGAGAUACCUGUUCCAUGGUCUCCUCCAUCUCGCCUUGGACAUACCUUAACCGUGUACGGUGACCGGAAGAUCCUUAUGUUCGGUGGUCUUGCAAAAUCCGGAACUUUGAGAUUCCGGUCUAACGAUGUCUACACGAUGGAUCUUAGCGAGGAUGAACCGUGCUGGAGACCUGUGAUUGGGUAUGGAUCUAGCCUUCCUGGAGGCAUGGCAGCUCCACCACCGAGGCUAGAUCAUGUGGCGGUUAGCCUUCCAGGUGGUAGAGUCUUGAUAUUUGGCGGUUCGGUUGCAGGGCUUGACUCUGCUUCUCAGCUUUAUAUUCUUGAUCCUACGGAGGAGACUCCGGCGUGGAGGAUACUGAGUGUUAAGGGAUGUCCACCGCAGAUUGCGUGGGGGCACACCACUUGUGUGGUGGGAGGGACUAGGUUGGUCAUCUUAGGUGGUCAAACAGGAGAAGAGUGGAUGCUAAAUGAAGCUCAUGAAUUGUUGUUAGCUACCUCUAGUACUACAUCGUCAAGACAUGAAGAGAAGAGGGUCUUCUAGGUGUUUUUUUUUUUCAGAAUGAAAACUCAAAUGUUUCUUAGUUGCUCUGUACAUGGUGAGCUUGUGAGUUUGAGACGUCCCAUGUGUUUGUUAAUAUUUUGAUUUAAUGGUAUUUGUAUAUGCAAAAUUUACGAAUUUGAUUUGUAUAUUCCUUUUGUAGUAAAAUUUUGUAG